CCGAGGCCAUCCAUAUGAUCAAUGGCGUAUGCGAGGAGGCCUCCAAAAGCGCCUGCAAGCAAACCUGCAACCCAAAAGAGUGAAAGUCGUUUCUGGAAUUCAUGUCUUUUGUAGUAUGUGGCCAUCAAGUAUGCGCAGCCGGGGACAUAGCCAGCCUCAAACGCGCCGAUGAAAAAGCGACAAACAAUGAGAUCGCCAUUGUUUCUCACAAAGCCUUGACACAUGGAUGAUACGCCUAGAGAUUCAAUCGCUCAGUCAACAUGUUCAUUCGGACGAGAAAAGGAGUAGAAAGGAUAUUACCCACCCCACAAGAAAGUGAGCAUGCUGAUCCAAGUUGAUGGAGCAAACUUCUUCAGCAGGAUAUUGCUUGGAAUAUCCAUCAGAACGUAUGGCACGAAAAAAACCUGGACUGCAACGUUGAAUUGGUUUCCCUUGAGCUUCAAUUCUUCCAUUAUCCCCAAAACAGCCACGUUUCCGAGAUUGAUACGGUCGAGAAAGCCAAAGACGAAGAGGAUCCAUAGGGGAAUCAUCAAGUUAAUAUCAACCUUACGCAUCAUUUUCUUCUCUGCCUGGGGAGACAUGUUUCCUUCUCCCGCUGGGCCGCAUUCUGAACCGGAUCCUUCGACUACAAUCUUCUGAGGAGUCGUCUUCUCCCCUACUGCCAGAUCCGCCAUAUCUUCUGGUAUUGUGAAGUUUCAAGAAAAGUCGUCAAAAACUGCGCCGAUUCCGCGAAUUGUGGCAGAAAUGGCGAAGGAGGAAUGAAACCGAGUGUCUUCCACAGCCAUCUUCAUUUAUGGGUGCAGAAUUUUCUUCGAACCUGGCAUGCAGAGUACAAAAGUCCAGGAAGUGCAGGGUCUAGAGCCCGAAGUCCGGAGUCCAGAGUACAAACCUGCCGUCUGCUCGGGCAGAAUGGUAGCAUCGGCCCUAAGGCAAGUCAAGACCUGGGUGUAUGUACACUAGUAAAGGGAAACGGAAGGAUCCAUGUCGACUGGUAGAUUGCUUGCAGUGGCCCAAGAAAUGGAUAAUGUCGUGUCUACCACAUGGUUUUAUGCUGUGUGGGUAUACUCCGGCUCCGUACUCCCGCCCUGAGGUAACUAUAACUAACUCCUUAAUGAAUCCACAAUACAUAAGAGAACUAUCCAGUUGCUGUCAACAACGGGAGGGGAUAGAAGUUUUGUAGUCCCGUCGAAACAAGCCCUGUGCA